AGUGCCAAGUGCCAUAGACAGCGGGCCGGUCGUUGUGCCGCUUCGACACCAGCUCGGCGCGGGGCCUGAGAAGAAUUACUCUGAGCUUGUGCAACCUGAAUAUCAGCCCGAUUCCCAAACGCUUCCACAUGGAGCCGUCAAGCGAAGAUACCAAGGAUUCGGGCUCUUCUCUUCCCACUAUGUUUCCUCAUGAGGAAGGGCAUUUCCGUAGAGGUGCGGAGGACACUAUCACCCCCGAGAGACUGCAGGAGAUUGCGGGCACCGAGCACCUCUCCAUAAGUGAGAUUCAGGCCCUGUUGGCCCUUGUCAGUCUCUCCAGUUCCUGCCCAGAAAGGGGUGGGAAUCAGGGCAACAGCCGUGGUAACCCCACUCAACUGGCCCAGGAAGAGGUAGCCCCAACCAGCUCGACCAACUCAAUCAACUUACUCGUCGAUGCCUGCUCUCUUAGCGCCGAGGAGCCGGUUUACAUGCCUUCCAAUGAAGCUGUCCAGCCAGUUCCGCCUCUGCCCCGUGUUUCGCAUCGGAUCAGGAGGCAGCACCGUUACAGCAGUGUGAAUCGAAACAUCUCUUCAAAUUCUGCUCACAGCUCCCAGGCUGAAAAUGGUAUUGUCCGAGGCUCCCUACGGGAGAUGUCCUCCAGGUCCACCCAGCGGCCCUACUAUACUCGUGGGGCACGUCGCCGCCUUUCCUGGAACUAGGGCAGCACAUAUAGUUGACCUAGUAAAGCUCUUUAGCUAGUUAUUGUGGCCUAAGGAAAUACAUUUCAGGCUGGGAGGCCCAAGUUCUUGUUCUAGUUUUGCUAAUAAUCUGCUGUGACCUUGGUCAAAGCACAUAAUUCUUCUGGGUUUUAUUUCUUCAUUUGAAAAAUCGGGGUGCUACCCCCUCCCCCUACACACAGACAUCUCAGGUAUGUGUGUUAUUUGGGCAGGGGGAUUUAAUGGGAAAGUAUUGUAGAAUGGAGGUAGCUGCUGAUAAUCAUUCCUUGUGUCUAGGUUUUGCUGUAAAGACCCAGGUGGAACCCAUAAGCCCUUUCACACUCUGUAUUUAUUGUCCAAAUAUAAAUAGUUGCAGCACUUGACCCUUUCUGUAAGGAUCUGAUU